AUGGGUGGAGCACUGAUGGAUAAGGAAUUGGCUGAAAGGCCGCAGACAGAGGGCGGUGAUCAAUGGCUCCGUGUCCAGGUGGAGGCCGGCAACGAGCGGCUCCCCCAGGGCUCUGUCCUGGGACCGGUGCUCCUUAACACCUUUAUCAGUGACAGCAAUGAUGGCAUCGAGUGCACCCUCAUCCCGCUGGGGGUGGCUGGGCCUGGGCACACAGCUCCUCACACUGCAGGACGGGGAGAGCUGCGUUUUCUCUCUCCAAGUGGAUUUUAUCUGCCCGAAGCAGGCAGUUCUGGCUCAAAACGCCGUGAUCCGCGUACCAUUGCUCUGCUCCUUCACGUGAGCCAGCUGAGGGAGCUCACAGCCACCCUGGGGAGCUGCCCACGGCGUGUCCCAACCGGUGGCACUGCUGAGGAGCUGGCAGCCUCUCGCAGAAACAGCAAAGCCCUGCGGCCAGGUCUCUCUCCUGAGAGUGCAGGUGCAGGGAGUGGGCUGGGUGACAUCCACAACCGGAGGGACAGCAGUAAGGGCCCCAAGCAUGUGCUCCUCCUUUCCUUGACAGCCAGCUUUGUUCUCUUGCAGGCGUUCAAAGUCUUUGAGCGGAUGGCCCGGCAGGAUGACGAGAAGCGGCGCCGGGAGCUGGAGGCAAAGCUCCGCAAAAAGGAGGAGGAGGAGGAAGCUGCCGCCUCCGCCGAGAGGGUGAGAGUGGCCCCGGCCGCCCAUGAAGUCGAGGUAGAGACAACGGAGGAGGCCGAGCCCUCGCUGGAUGCAGGGGGUGCGGAGGGGCUGCAGGAUGCACCCACAAGCCCGGCAGCCACCAGCCCCGUGCCAGCAGAGCCCCCGGGGGCAGCUGCCCCUGUGCAGCCCUCACCUGCCGAGCUGCCCACGAGACAGGAGCAGUUCCAGACAAACCCUGACAGCUACAACGGGGCAGUGCGGGAGAACUACGCCUGGUCCCAAGACUACAGCGACCUGGAGAUUAAAGUGCCUGUGCCCAAGCACAUUGUGAAAGGCAAACAGGUGUCUGUGGAUAUCAGCAGCAGCACAAUUCGCGUGGCAGUGCUGGAGGGGAGCAGCCAGCACGUGCUCAUGGAGGGAAAGCUCACACACAAGAUCAACACGGAGAGUUCCCUCUGGAGCCUGGAGCCAGGGAAGUGCGUUUUGAUCAACCUGAACAAGGGAGACGAGUACUGGUGGAACGCCGUCCUGGAGGGCGAGGAGCAGAUCGACAUCGACAAGAUCAACAAGGAGCGCUCCAUGGCCACGGUGGAUGAGGAGGAGCACGCCGUGCUCGACCGCCUCACCUUCGACUACCACCAGAAGCUGCAGGGCAAGCCGCAGAGCCACGAGCUGAAGGUGCACGAGAUGCUGAAGAAGGGCUGGGACACCGAGGGCUCUCCGUUCCGCGGCCAAAAAUUCGACCCUUCCAUGUUCAACAUCUCCCCCGGCGCCGUGCAGUUUUGACCCCGGAGAAAAGUGGCCGAGCAGCGAUGCGGGGAGGGGCGGACCCCAAAGCCGGCAUGGGACCCCCGGCAUCCACAGCCGGCAUCGGCGCAGCACGGGACGCGACGUUCCAUCCCCGUCACCACGGCAACCCGGCGCUGGGACCCUUCUCCUCGCCUCGCCUCGCGCUGCCGACGGCUCCGUUGUUUUUCAGGAAUAGACGGAGCUCGUUGGGUGACAUAAUUAUUAUUUUUGGUGGUUGAGGAUAUUUCUGGUUUUCGCUUCUGCGGGUGCACGUCCCCUCCCCACCCAGCCCCGGGCGGCUGCGCCCUCGGCGGGUGCAUCCACGCCGUGCCCUGCCCGGGGUUCACGCCUGUCCCCAACCCCGGGGGCGGCAGGGACCUCCCAGCGCACAGCCUGGGGCUGGGGGAUGCAGCACCCGCUGCCCCCGGCUGCAAUAAAUCCUUGCUCCCAGCA